AUGUCAGCCACCGGUCACGAGAACGUCCAGGACAAGCCCACAGCGAUGCCGCCAUCGGACGAUCAGGAGAUCAGCAUCAUCACCACUGGCUCUCGCAAGGCAUCAAGGAGAGAUCGUAUCAUCGAUGAGGAUGAGCCGUUGGUCGACACAACAGCCAAGUUAACGCUCAAGUCGAAGAAGACCGAUAGAGCGAAGAGGCGAGUUGAGAAGAAGCAGAAGAAAGUUGCUACUUCGCCGACUCCGACUUCACUUCUUAAUCUACCUGCAGAGCUGCUUCAAGAAAUUGCUGGUUAUUUGCAGCCGAGCGAUGUCUUCCAGCUUCUUCAGGUCAACCGAAAUGUUUACGACUUCAUUCAGAGCAAUGAAAGCACCAUCGCCCGCGAUAUCAUUAGGAGGAGGUACUUUGUAUUGUCCCGAUGCUUCCCACUCCCAGUAGCCUUUGAGAAUGUGGAAAGCUCAGCCCGUCCAUCCUUGCUGAGUGACCGAAGGCAAGACAUGCUGCAAAUUCACAAGAAACCAUAUCAGCACGUCAAAGGAAUCGAUCCACUCAACAUCUGCACCUGCAUGAGUUGUGUCUUUUCGUGGAACAAUCUGAACAUGAUUCUGGACCUAUCUUACUGGCAGAAAAACCUCAACGAGCGAGAGCCGAUCCUCAUGAUUCCUAGGGGUACAGCGCCGGAAUGGAACCGGAAGCUGCUGGAAGCGAAUGCGGCUAUCGUCGAGCGAGCUAUGGACAGUCGGCUAGUGCACGCUGCGAUUCUCGAAAAGCAUCUCAAGACGACUGUCCAGACGAUCUUCCGAACGUUCCGCGGGAGGAAGACCGUUCAUCCCAAACGCCUUUACCACCUCACUCUAGUAGAAGCUGAAAAGGAGACGGAUGAGUUUCUUGAGCGCAGCGGACCGCCAUCUUACGAGUUCCCGUGGCAUCGAGACAACUACUAUGGGCUGGAAGCUUAUGUGCCGAACCGGAAGUGGUCGAAGGAGCAAGAGAGGUGGCUUUACUACGCCGAAGGCCUGCAUGAGCGAGAUUUGGAGUGGGUGAAGCAGCGGUUUACGCCGAAUGUUACAUCGGUUCCGGUGAGGGAGCAUGUAACUGAACAACUUCCACGUCCAGACAGCAAAAUUCAAUUGUGA